AGUUAGGAACACCCGAUGGCCCUACAGUACAGCACUGCCACCAUCAGAGGGCGCACAGACCGAAGAAACCUACAGGCGUUGAUCAGUACCGUAUUAGCCAACGUCGCUCGUUUGUCAUUGGCUAGGCGUGGCUACACCGAGAAGGUGACGUCAGCAGAGCUAGAUAUUAGUCAGGCGAAGACCGGGAGCGGCACAUUCCGGAAGAAGCACCGACUGAAGACAUGGGUGACUUAUCAGAAGACCAGCUCAUCGUUUGUAUCCCUAUCUCUUUCUUGCCUGGUGUCUGAUCAGGUAGAUGAUUACAAAGAUGCUUUUAACCUCUUUGACAAGACCGGAGAUGGUAAAAUCUUCUAUUUUCAGUGCGGGGAUGUCUUACGAGCUUUGGGACAAAACCCAACAAAUGCAGAAGUCACGAAAGUUUUGGGAAACCCAAAGUUGGAUGAGAUGAACACCAAGAUGCUUGACUUUGAGCAGUUCCUUCCCAUGUUGCAAACAAUCGCUAAAAACAAGGACCAGUGCAUAAUUGAGGACUUCAUUGAGGGUCUGAAAGUGUUUGACAAGGAAGCCAAUGGAUGUGUAAUGGGGGCUGAACUUCGCCAUGUUCUAAUUACUCUAGGAGAAAAGAUGCAAGAGGACGAGGUGGAAAGUCUUUUGCUUGGGCAUGAAAAUCCUAAUGGUGAAAUUAAUUAUGAAGAAUUUAUCAGGAUCAUCAUGUCUUCCUGACCACCCCCCCUGGAACUGGUCCGGAUGGUAAUGUUGGGCUGAUUCUUCUCUGCUAUAGACAACCAGCAUCCAAAAGGGGCAACUCUUUGUAUUAAUGUUCCUGUCUGUCUUAUUUUCCUUGGAGGGGAGGUUGAGCUUACUAGUGGUGGACAUUUUUGUUUUCCUCCACUGGUCUGUUUUUAUUUCCUCCAGUUCAUCAUGGGAGUUUUUGCUCUUGGAGACAAGCGAUUUACAACCUCAUCAAUGCUCCCACAUGUGACCCACUGCAAAAGGAAUCUGGAGUUUAAAAGCUAUUGUACCAUGCAGAUAAUUAAAUAAAUUAUUUCUAUUUUUCCUUUUCGCCAAUAAACUGCAUGCCUUUUUUCAAAACUUA